AUGGCUGAACAAAUUCCAAGCAAGAUUUGGGUCAUGAGACCUAAAGCCUCAGCUACCCAGAUCCGCAUCCGCCCCGGCGACCUCGUUGACGACGUGCGCGACGAGAUUUUGCGCAAGUAUGGCAACUCGCUGGGCAAGACGUUCGACUCACCCGACCUCACUCUUCGCAUUCAGGCCAGCGAGGAGACGCAAAACAAGCAACGCACUCGAACCCUCGGCCCCGAGGAAGACAUAAUUAAAACCCUCAAUGCCUACUACCCUUCAGGCCAAACCGUCAAGGAGGCUCUCGUCAUCGAGAUUCCCCGGAACUCGACAACACCCAAGCCAUCCCCACGGGCACCCGCUCCUUAUUCCGGUUCUGCGUCAGCCACCUACUAUGCCGAAGAUGGGCGUCCAUCCGAGACGAGCGAAGGCUACUUUCCCACCGUCACCGGAAACACGUCGUCGCCUCGCCUUGCCAUGGCUGUUCCCACGCAGUCCAGCGGGUCCAUACCCCAUUCCAUGACCGUCAUCAGCUCGGGCCAACUUCCUCCCAUUCCUUCUCCUGGAGGCACCAGGCGUCAUUAUCGCUCUCGGCACUCGCAUUCGCGAACGCACUCGAGCUCAUCAGAGCACAUUGUGUCACAUUCGAGCUCCCUGCCCAAAUCACCGGGCCAUGAAAUAACGUCGUCGGCUCGGAUGGGCACUCCUCCUCCCCAGCGGCUGUCAUCUCCUCGUUUGCCCAGCUCACGACCCAACAAGAAGGGCAAGAGGAGCCAGCAGCAGCAGCAGCAGGAUUACCACCACACCCCCACUCCAUCCAUUCUGACCGCCACUGUGCCUCCGAUUAAUGUCCUCAUUGUUGAAGAUAACCCAAUCAACCUGAAACUGCUCGAGGCCUUUGUCAAGCGGCUCAAGGUGCGAUGGGAUACAGCCAUGAACGGCAGCGAUGCUGUCAAGAAAUGGAGACACGGCGGCUUCCACUUGGUCCUCAUGGAUAUUCAACUGCCUGGUAUGAACGGACUGGAGGCCACAAGAGAGAUUCGCCGACUGGAAAGACUGAAUAACAUUGGCGUGUCUACGGCGCCGGACGGCAUUCCUGAGACCACACCCACCGAAGAGCUCACCGAGCAAGAUCGCCUGCGGGACAUUGAUAAGUUCAAGAGCCCUGUUAUUAUCGUUGCCCUCACGGCCAGCUCUCUCCAGAGUGACCGACAUGAAGCUCUCGCCUCGGGCUGCAACGACUUUCUGACAAAGCCUGUCAACUUUGUUUGGCUAGAGCGCAAGGUAAUGGAAUGGGGCUGCAUGCAGGCACUCAUCGACUUUGAGGGUUGGCGCAUGUGGAAGGAGCUCUCAGCCAAGGCCGAAUCGAUCGCGGCCGCUAACAAAAGAGCACUUGCUUUCAAAAACAAGACAAAAAAGAACCGCCCGAUCAUGUCGGCGUCGUAA